CACGCAGCCGGGAGGUCCUCUUCUUCCAACCUUCACAAGCACCUCGGGUUCGUGACACUUCAGUGGCGAAAAUGGCAUCUGCUUCAUCUGAUGGUGACGUUGCCGGCAAGCCGCCUCUUGGAAUGGCUAUUGUUCCGGAGGCCUACAUCAAAGCCAACCAAUUACAGAAAUACAUCAACAUAAAAGGUCUCGACUUACUGCAAAAGUCCUUCGGCAGUGGACCAAACCGUAACCGGCAGUUCAUCGACGUUGGCUGCGGGACAGGCGACUUCACGCGUCAGGAGCUGUUGCCACGCUGCCAACCUUGCGGCAUGAUGGUGGCCAUUGACGUGUCCGCUGAAAUGGUGAAGUAUGCCAAGGAGAACUUCCCGCAUCCGCAGAUCACGUACGAGGUACAUGACAUCGAAAGCGACGUGUCGGGGCUCGUCAAGAUGUACGGCAAGUUUGAGCGCGUCUACUCUUUCUUCGCCCUGAACUGGGCGGAGGACCUCGGAGCUGCUCUAAGAAAUGUGGCAGCAUUGAUGACCGACGAGGGGGAGUGCUUGCUGGUUUUCGCGGCUCGCAACAAUUUCUUUGUGGUGUGGAGGAAAAUUGUGGAGCUGGAUCGAUGGAAGCCGUACAAAGGAGUUGUUGAGCGCUUUAUUCCCUCAAGCCACGACAUCGAAGACAGUUCGGCCCUUACUCCGUACAUGCUUGGCAUCCUUGAAAGCGCCAACCUAAAGCCACGCAGGUGCGAUGUGAUGACUAUAAACAUAAUCGACAUUGGUGUGGACAAAUUCAUUCAAAUGGAACUGGCUAUAGAUCCCAUUGCACCAUUGCUGUCCAAGGAAUCGAAGAGGCUGUUUGAGAUCGACGUAACGGAGAUUAUUCGCAAGAUGUGGAGUGAAAAACCGGCCGGGGAUCCAUAUUAUCUUCAGGAUAGUUUCUUAGUUCACGCAAGCAAAAUUGUAAAACGAUCUUAAAAAAAGUGUUUUAUGGGGGUUGGAUGCAUUCAAGCCCUGCUCAGAAUAAAUUCUUCAAGCUCAUAGAGCAUGAA